AUUAACUUUGUAAGAUUACAAUCCACACAAUGAUAAUACUCAUCCUUUAUAAGUCUAUGGGUAAAAGUAUAAAAACACAAAAAACUGAAUAUUGACGUGUAUAAUGCUCGAUUUACUUGCUAAUUCGUUGAUACGCGAUAAGCAGGUAAACCUAGAUGUUUUUAGUUUGCACUAGUGCGAAUAAUACCAGUUUUUACCCUGUUGCGGCCGCAAUCACUGUAAUUCAUAAAAACGUACGUCUUAAUUCGCAACCGCGAUGCACCAAUGCCCGAUGAUUAAUUCGAUUUGAUGAUCAACCUGGCAUUACCUCAUGUGCAAAAUCUACCUCUAACAUAUCUGGCAUUGUCGCCCCGCCAUCCAGAUGGAAUUUUCUGGUAUCGAUAAUAUGAGAUUGCGGACGUUUUUAUUUUGGUUCCUUGGCUUCUCAGUCUUUAUCAUCAUUUACAAACUCAAUGCCAUUGAAUCAGAUGUAGAAAAAUUACGCUUUCUGAAAGAAACUCUCUCACUGAACAAACAGCAAUUACAACUCACAGAACACCAACUACAACUGAUUGAGCAUUUGUACCAAAACAAAGUUGGUCAAGGUUUGCCCAUCAUCUAUGCAAUAACUCCUACAUACUGGAGACAUGUACAAAAAGCAGAGCUGACUCGAGUAUCUCAAACACUAGCACUAGUCCCAAACAUUCACUGGAUUGUUAUUGAAGACUCGGAGGAGAGAACUGAAUUAGUAACUAAUUUGUUAAAUGAUUCUAAAGUGGUGUACACACAUUUAAAUGCGAAGACACCCCCAUUUGAAAAGUUACAAAAAAAAGAAGAACGAUGGACGAAACAUCGAGGAAUCGAGCAGAGAAACGCAGGUUUGCAAUGGUUGCGCGAUAAUUUGGAAUUAGGCAGGGACAAAGGCAUCGUAUACUUCAUGGACGAUGACAAUACAUACAGCGUUAAACUCUUCCACGAAAUAUCAAAAGUUAAACGUGUGGGGGUCUGGCCCGUGGGGCUGGUAGGAGGUUUAAACGCAGAAGCGCCGAUUGUUUCCGGCGGUGUUGUAACCGGAUGGAAAACUGGCUGGAGAUCAAAUCGGGAAUUCGCCACGGACAUGGCCGGCUUUGCGAUCAAUUUGAAUCUCAUUCUGGAGAAAACAAACGCGGGAUUUUCAUACAAAAUGGAACACGGAUUGCUAGAGAGUGAAUUCUUGUCUUAUUUUACGACAAAAGCCGAGUUGGAGGCGUUGGCUGACGGAUGCACAAAGGUUUAUGUAUGGCAUACCAGGACGGAAACACCAACCGUGAAAGGAACGAUACCGUACUUGGAGGUGUAGACAGGAGUCGUUUAAUUUACAUUUAUUGUGUCAUUUAAGUAGCCGAUAGUUUAAAACGCUUGAAACAUUUGUACAUUGGAACCUCUUGCAGCAUACAGCGCAGUGAUUUUACAAUUUUAUUAUUGUAUAAAUGUGAUAAAUUGAUUUGCAUGUAUUUGCACGCAGUAAUAAAGAUCGCCAUACGUAAUUUA